AUGAUCGUCAUCGGUGAUGGUGAGCAGCGUCAAGAGAAGGUGAGAGCGCUCCUAGACCCCUGCUCCGAGGCCACACUGAUCACCACGAGCAUAGCUCGGCGCCUCGGCGCCCAUCUCAAGCGAGUCCAAGUCUCUAUCUCUGGUACCUCUGGAGUUCCAAUGGACUCGGCCAAAGUUCGAGCCUGUCUCUACCUCCACGAUACCGCACGCGAGAGGCGACUGCCAAUCGAGGUAUACGGGCUCCAACGCAUCGGAAUUAGAACUCCCUCGCAGCCGCUGCCACCUGCUACGACCCAGCGCUUUCAAGAGCUCGAGCUUGCAGAUCCGGAGCUGCACAAGCCGAGGCCAGUUGAUGCCAUCCUCGGUGCAGACGUCUACAACAAGAUCCUAUUGCCAGGCCUUAUUCGACGCGGUGGAAUCAUCGCCCAGUGCACCAUCUUUGGGUGGAUCUUGACAGGUCGGAUCACACAUACGGCUCCAACGUCCAUGCCUCAAGCAGCCCAGUGCACCACCACAAUGCUCGAGUCAGCAAAAGCGCCGUAUCAAGACCUCACAGAGCUCGUUCAGAGAUUUUGGGAGCUUGAGAGCGUACCGCAAGCACACCGCGAGUGCCCAUUCGCCAGUGAAUGCGAGCGUCUCUUUGUCGACGGCUGUCAACGCCAGGCCGAUGGACGUUACAUUGUCCCUCUGCCAAUAAAGCAAGGAGAAGCAGCUACGCUGGGCCAAAGCCUCCAUCAUGCGCAAGCCGCCUUGAACUCCACACAUCACCGUAUGCAACGCGACCCAGCGCUCGCCAGAGCUUACGACCACUUCAUGACCGAGUACGUAGGCCUCGGCCACAUGCGAGAAAUAUCAUCGCAAGAGCUGCAGUCACACACUGGCCCAGUGUGCUACAUACCACAUCACGGCAUCUGGCAGAGAAGCGACGGCGGCAACAAACUGAGAGUGGUGUUCAAUGCCUCGAAACCUACAUCAUCAGGAGUCAGCUUGAACGACACGCUCUAUGCUGGGCCGAAGCUCCAAAAUGACCUCGCUGUUGUCGUCACACGCUGGAGACUUCAUCGCAUCGCCUUCUGCGCGGACAUUAAAAUGAUGUUCCGCCAGAUAAGAAUUCAACCGGCCCACGAGCACCUGCAGCGUAUCCUGUGGAGCCCCUCGCCAGACGUGCCCGCAAGACACUACGCACUCCUUACCGUCACCUACGGGACCGCCAGCGCACCUUAUCUCUCCCUUCGCACCCUAAGGCAGCUCUGCUUGGACGAAGGAGAAAAGUUCCCGGAGGCAGUGCGCGCCGUCAAGCACGAGCUGUACGUAGACGACUUCCUGAGUGGCGGCCAAGAUGUACAUGCGGCCCGCAUGCGCAGAGAUCAACUCAUCUCGUUACUCAGGGCGGGCGGCUUCAAGCUCAAGAAGUGGGUGUCAAAUGACUCGUCGCUACUCGAGGAUCUUCCUCCUGGAGACCGACUUAGGCCAACAUUUCUUCAACUGUCCACCGACGGUCCAGUCAACGAGCUCGGCGUCGCCUGGAAUCCAGCAGCAGAUCAGCUUACAUUCAACACCGAUAGCGCACCUCGGCAGAUCGGUAACGCAUUGACAAAGCGCGUCGCCCUCGCCGAACUCGCCCGACUAUUCGAUCCAGCCGGAUGGCUGGCUCCGAUUACUGUCAAAGCAAAGAUGGUCAUACAAGACCUCUGGAGCAGCGGCCUUGGAUGGGACGAUGAAGUACCGGAGGCACUUUGCAAAAAGUGGGAGGAGUGCCGAGAAGGUCAACGUGAGCUAAAUAAAUUCGCCAUACCACGAUGGAUCGGAGCGAACCCAGGAGACUGCAUUCAACUACACGCAUUCGCCGACGCCAGCCGUCGCGCAAUCGCCGCCGUGAUCUACUGCCGAGUUGAGCACGCCGAUUCAACUGGGGCGUCGACGACUUUAAUUUGGGCCAAAACAAAGCUCGCCCCAGCAAGGAGCUUACGACUCUCGGCUAAGCCCCCGACCAGAAUGACUAUACCCAGGCUCGAGCUUCGAGCAGCUUUACUAGCGGCCCGUCUUCUACAGCACGUCGCGAAGGAAAUCGGAGUCCCUCCGGAACGAUGCCACGCUUGGAGCGAUUCCCGCAUCGUUCUGCACUGGCUCAAGUCUCAAGGACCUACAGGAAAUAGUCUCGUGGACGACUACGUCACGCAUAUACAGGAACUCUCGCAGAAAGUCACGUGGCGUCACGUACCAACGGGCGACAAUCCCGCCGACGUGGCCUCUCGCGGCUGCUCUGCUGCGGAUUUGAUCGGCGAUCAAUUGUGGCGCUCGGGACCGAUAUGGCUUCAAAACCACGACACUGAAUGGCCGCAAGCUCCGCGCGGCCCAGGAUCCGACGAGUCACAUGAGCCUCAAGCCGCGACGAUCCACUGCCACGCGACGACGUCCACCAUUUCGGAAGAGCCACUGCUCAUCCGAAGGUUCUCAAGUUUGAUUAAACUGCUGCGAAUUAUGACGAGAAUCCGCCGGCUACUCAAUCGACGCCGAGAUCCAUCCAUACCGGCACCACUUGCUCCACUCAGCGUAGCAGAGUUACAGCGUGAAUUCAUCACAUGCGUGCAAAUGAGUCAGAGAGCGCAUUUGAGUCAAGAAAUCGAGCAAAUUCGUCGAGACGGCCACGUACAGCUCAAGAGUAGCCUAUCGUCUUUGAGACCCUUCCUCAGUGACGAUGGAUGUCUACGAGUGGGUGGCCGACUCACCCACUCUUUACUACCGGACGAAGAAAAGCACCCAGUCAUCCUGAGUGGGAAAAGUCAUCUCGCCAAAUUGAUAGUCGACUGGGCCCACGUGCGUGGACUUCACGGCGGCUUUCGAGUCACGCUGCAUCAUACCCUUCGUCGAGCAUGGAUCAUUAAUGGUAGAACUCUCGUGCGGCAGCUCGUCCGGCAGUGCGUCACAUGCGCAAAAGCCGAUGCCAGACCAUUACACCAGGAGAUGGCAGCUCUUCCCGCCCCUCGAGUUCAGCACAAUCCGUCAUUCUACGUCACCGGCGUAGAUUAUGCUGGACGUUUCAACGUCCUUCAAGCGAAAGGCAGUGGCGUCCGCACAUUAAAAGGCUAUAUCGCCAUUUUCGUUUGUUUUAGCUCGAAGGCCGUCCAUAUUGAGCUCGUUGGUGAUUGCAGCACAGACAGCUUUCUAGCGGCGCUCACUCGAUUCAUCGGACGCAAAGGCCCACCGGCUCAGAUCUGGAGUGACAACGGUACGAACUUCAAAGGGGCUAAUGCCGAACUCAAGCGACUGCUGCACGCGGCCGAGCUCGACUGGGGUUUGGUGAAAGGUAGCCUGGCAGAAAGAGGGAUUGCCUGGUCGUUUAUUCCUCCAAAGGCCCCGCACUUCGGCGGCCUCUGGGAGACGGCCGUGCGGUCGACCAAAAUACAUCUUCGUCGCGUCGUGGGUCCUCGACACCUGACUUACGAGGAGCUUUCCACUCUUCUCGUCGACAUUGAACGAGUACUCAAUUCCCGACCAUUAACUCCGCCGGUGGGAGAUCUCGAUGACUUGGAGAUGAUAACGCCGGCCCAUCUGUUCCUCGGACGUUCGCUGAAUUCCAUUCCACAGCCCAGCAAAGCGAACCUCGACCUUGAUCCCGCCCGACACUGGGAGUUGGUGAGACGCCUGAGAGAUCACUUCUGGAGCCGAUGGAGCAAAGAAUAUCUACACACACUGCAGCAGCGACCCAAAUGGCAUCGCCCUGGCCCUGAUCUUUCCAUAGGAGACGUCGUCAUCAUCAUCGACCCAGCACUCAUGCGCGACAACGGCAAGUGGCCAGUUGGGAGGGUGGUGAACGUUCAUCCUGGGGCUGAUGGUCGAGUUCGAGUCGCUACUGUACGCACGGCGUACGGCACCUAUACGAGGCCGAUUGUAAAGCUCGCCCAGCUUCCAACUAUGCCGCCACCUUCGCCGGAAGCUCCUGCUCGCUCAUCCUCUCCGCCUCUCGGCCCUGACGGCGGGCGGCCGGGCAACGACGUCCCGUCUGGAAGGAGCUCACCACCGCAGACCAGAAGCCGUACCAAGGCUCAAGAUAAGACCGCUGCUCCCUGUGGAUGA